CUUUUUGCCGUCCGAAUCUAUUCCUCCUUCUCACACACUCUCUCUCUCUUUAUUUUAUUAUGUCGAGUUCUUUACGAAAUGUGAUGAUAAUUAUAGUCAACAAAUUAUUAUGUAUAUAUGAUAUGAGAUUGAGUGCGUUGCUCUGCUAUAUAUACUGGGUAUAUAUUUUUGUCCUCUCUAUUCGGCCCUUCCAUCAAUUCUACCAACUAGCAGUAAGACACAGAGACAGGCCUGACUGAACCAAUGAAGAAGCGUUACAGAAACGGAGAGAUUUGGGACUUCGAGCACGAAAUGGCGGUGGCGAUGAGCCGAGAGGUAAUACUGGGUUUGGACGGUGGCACCACCUCCACCGUCUGCGUAUGCAUCCCUUUUACCGACCCACUCCCUCACCCUCUCCCUGUUCUUGCUCGUGCCGAGGCGGGUUGCUCCAAUCACAACAGUGUCGGCGAAACUGCUGCAAAGGAGACAUUAGAGCAGGUUAUGGCAGAUGCCCUUGCGAAGUCUGAUUCCAAUCGAUCUGCCGUCCGAGCUGUUUGUUUAUCUGUAUCCGGUGUCAACCAUCCAGCAGAUCAACAAAGAAUAUUAAAUUGGCUUAGAGACAUAUUCCCAAGCCACGUUAAGCUAUUUGUUCAUAAUGACGCUGUGGCUGCUCUGGCAAGUGGAACAAUGGGAAAGCUUCAUGGAUGUGUUCUAAUUGCUGGUACGGGAACCAUCGCUUAUGGAUUUACGGAAGAUGGCAGAGAAGCGCGAGCUGCUGGUGCAGGACCUGUCUUGGGUGAUUGGGGAAGUGGAUAUGGAAUCGGUGCACAGGCAUUGACUGCAGUAAUAAGGGCUCAUGACGGUCGAGGUCUGCGUACAAGUCUUACGCAUAGAAUUUUACAGACACUUGAACUUUCUUCUCCAGAUGAACUCAUCGGGUGGACCUAUGCAGAUCCAUCUUGGGCUCGAAUUGCAGCUCUUGUUCCAGUUGUGGUGUCUUGUGCAGAGGCAGGUGAUCAAGUUGCAAAUAAGAUCUUGCUAGAAGCAGUUCAAGAGUUGUCUUCAAGUGUGAAAGCUGUUGUUCAAAGACUGGGCUUGACUGGUGAAGAUGGAAGGGAUUCUUUUCCUCUCGUAAUGGUUGGCGGUGUUCUAGAAGCUAAUAAGAAGUGGGAUAUAGGGAAAGAAGUCAUAAAUUGUAUCUCCAAGGACUUCCCUGGAGCUAUUCCAAUUCGGCCAAGGGUUGAGCCUGCAAUAGGAGCAGCACUGCUAGCAUGGAAUUAUUUGAUGAGACAAUCGUGAUCAGAUUAUACUUCAGUACAUAUCUAUUGGUCAUUCUGAAGGGUCUAUCAUUGUACAGUAACAAUGCCAAAUGAUAAAGAUGAAGCAGCGGUGAAAUCAGAAAGUAAUAUUGAUUAUUUUCAUCUAUUUAUUUGAGUUGUGUUUGUAGGUUGUUUUAUUUUCUUUGGUCUAUAUAUAUAUUAUACUCAUUAUUUUCCUCUUCCUUUUAUUUCUUGCCAAUUUCUGAGAUUUCAUUCUUAUGAGAAGGCAUCUAGGCCUUAGAAGCUGUAAAAGUAACAAUUGGAAUUAUAAUAAAUUCCCAAGUGCACUUGUAUUGUUUUGCGUA